AUGAAUAUUCAACAACAAAUGUACCAUUUGAUACAUUGUCAUCCAUUAUUUCUUACAGAUCCAUUUGAAGUAUAUAAAGAAAAUCAUGGAUGGUGGAAAUGUGAUUUAUGUGGCUCUAAACCAUUAAGAAAUGAAUUAAUGUAUCAUUGCGAUGAAUGUGAGUUUGAUGUUUGUGCAUCUUGUUAUCAUCAGGUUAUUGCUCAUUAUCAUCAUUUAAAUCAUACUUUUGAACCAGACUAUGAAAGUAGAGGAAAAUGUUGUGAUUGUCAUAAAGAAAAUAAUGAUAAAUUAUUUAGAUGUAAUCAAUGUGUUAUGGCAUAUUGUAAACAAUGUUUUGAAUCUCUUUAUAUCCCAUCAUUUCAUCCUCAUGCACUUUAUGUUUCAAGUCCUUCAAUUCUUUAUCCUGGUAAGUGGUGGAAAUGUGAUUAUUGUCAACAAGUCUUUGGUAAAAACAAAUUUUCAUUAUUAUUUCAUUGUAGAGAAUGUCAUACGGAUUAUUGUUUUCAUUGUCUAUCUUUAUCUCUCAAAUCAUAA